UUGACCCCCCGCCCCCCCCCCUUCGUCAGAGGCCCUGGUGUUAAAAGAAUAAUUAUUGGCUCCUAUAAGUGCAAAAGAUGUACGUUAUGCUCAGGUACAAGAAGCUUGUGUUUCAGACCAGUGGCGUAGCGAGGGUUGAAUGAAAGAUUGGAGGGGCAAAGAGGAGUCUGACAACACAGGGUCCGGGGCUUUACCCCUGGGAAAAUUUUUGCUGACCACACCCUAGAGAAUUAAGGAAAAUGCAAGGCAAUGUGGUUGGCUAACCAAACACAAUAACCGUCAUAUGUAGCUUUUUGUUGCAGACCCCUUUCAACAACUGUUAAUUGCAGUGGGAGCAUUCUCUCAGAAACCAACUAACUCUAAAGCCCAAUCUCCAGUGAGAAAAAAAUCGGCGAAAUGCGAAAAAGUUGGCGCGAAAUACGUUAUGGGCAUGCGCAGUGAACUAUUGCUGGGAUUUCUCGCGAAGAAUUUUUCUGCGAAAAAAAGUUAAAAUGAGUUUAACUUUUUUCGCUUUUCGCUUGCGAAAUCCUUCAGCAGCCAAGCAAGCCGCUUGCAAAAUCCAACGCUUCCAAACUUAGCAUUCCAAUGUCGUGAGGUCAACAAAAGCAUUCAAAGGUAUUUGUUCGCGUGAAGUAUUUCGCAGCGAAAUUUGGCAAUACUUUUUCUCACUGGAGAUUGGGCUUAAUGGCUCUACUGUAUUUUCUUUAUGAUUAUGUACCUCCCCCUUCAAAUAUGAAUAUCGUUGCCACAACACUGAGCCAUUAAAAAGCACAAAAGCGUAUACUGCGUAAAAGAUGCACCACUUGUAUGGCUUGUUUUUCCAGAUACCUGUUUCCGCAGCAUAAUGUUCUAAAAUAAAUCACCGGACAUGUAAUUUCAAGAACUCCGACGCUUACAAAACUGGAUAAUAGAAGGGGCAAUACUUUGUAAAUAAAUGGUAAACCAAUACUUAAAUCAAAGAAAUUAACUCUUUGAAUUGCUUAAAACACAUUUCUAUACCUACAUAAUUUGGUAAGCUGACCUACGACCAGUUACAAUAUAUUCUGUCAAAUUGUGUAGACUAGCACGUAGUGUGUUAACAUAUUAACCUAUAAAAGGCCGUGUCUACCUGCCAGCCAUUGCAGUUUCAGCAUUAAUAGACCAAGGUAAGAUAUAAAGAAAGAAAGGCAUCAUGGAUAAGCUUGUCAAACUGAUGCUAGCUACAGCAAUCGUUAUUGGAACUUGUCAUUGCAAGCGUCAUCCACCUUCAACAAGUGGAGGCCAUAAGGGGCCAUCUUCACUGGGUGACAGAUGUGUGGAUGGGAUGAGAGCAGUUAAAAGGUACGUCGAGCUGAGUAGAAGUGCACUUAUACACAAAAUCAUGGUUGCAAAGCAUCUUCAAUGCAAAGCCCAAGGAUGGAGAAAAGUGGACAUUUCGAUGGUGUCUCACACUUACAAAGAUGGCGUUACUCUGGGCAUGUACACUGAUCCAAAUGGAAGUUUGUAUGUCAAUGCAAAGGUAACCAACUAUGGGUGUGGUAAGGGCAAGCCUUCAUACUCUGUGAUUCACAUAAAAGGCCAUUGGCAACAGAUAAUGUACACUCAAGUGUUUAAAGGUGCUGCUUCAUGCUGGCAGAUUUUUGGCCACAAGGUGCCAGACAAAGUUUCGAGUCAUAAAGCUGGAUUAGAACCAUUCAAUCCAACUAUGGGUGACAUCAUUUUCGGUCAGAAGAAAAUGGGCUCGUCAAAAAAUAACUACUUUGGGGGAGCAACUGGACGUUGUAAUAAUGACGCUGAUAAUUUCUGGCAUUUGAAGAACGGAAAGGGAGAGCGCCAGGCAACGGUGAUACUGCGAAGAGAAGAAGGUGACGACGAUGCUGGCAUUUACACAUACACCUCAUGUGGGAAGCCAGAUUACAUCAUAAAGGACAUUUACGUUUUAAAAUGAACUUCAUGAAAGAAAUCCUUAUUAUUGCACCAGAAAUUCUGACUGAUAUUGCUGUACUUUGCUUAUAUAACAUUUUCAAAAUACAAGAAUAUCUUUUUAAGUAAAUUAUAAUGCUUUAAACAUGAUAGCUUUGCAAUAGAAA